AUGAGCGACGAGAGUUUGUACGAGGAUUCUGCCCAGAAGGAGCAAUACGAGGUUACCGAUUACUCUUCCAGACACCAAGUGUUGCCCUCGCAUUUCGUUGGGCUGAACACUGUGGAGAAAGUGGAGGAUUCCCCGCUGAAGGAGUUUGUGAAGGCGCAUGGUGGUCACACAGUGAUAUCGAAGGUGCUGAUAGCGAACAACGGUAUUGCCGCAGUCAAGGAGAUAAGGUCUGUACGGAAGUGGGCCUACGAGACCUUCGGCGAUGAGAAGAUAGUGCAGUUUGUCGCGAUGGCGACGCCGGAAGACCUGGAGGCCAAUGCUGAGUACAUCCGCAUGGCCGACCAAUACGUCGAAGUACCAGGCGGCACCAACAACAACAACUACGCGAACGUGGACCUGAUCGUUGACAUCGCCGAGAGGGCCGAUGUCGACGCAGUCUGGGCCGGCUGGGGUCACGCGUCCGAAAACCCACUUUUGCCAGAGAAACUGGCUAGAUCGAAGAGGAAAAUCUUGUUUAUAGGUCCACCAGGUAACGCCAUGAGAUCGCUUGGUGAUAAAAUCUCUUCUACAAUCGUGGCCCAACACGCUAAAGUGCCUUGUAUCCCAUGGUCAGGUACUGGUGUGGACACUGUGCACAUAGAUGAAAAGAAUGGGCUUGUAUCUGUCGAUGACGAUAUAUACCAGAAGGGUUGUUGCUCUUCCCCAGAGGACGGGUUGGAGAAAGCCAAGAAAAUCGGAUUCCCAGUCAUGAUCAAGGCUUCCGAAGGUGGUGGUGGUAAAGGUAUUAGACAGGUCACUAGAGAAGAGGACUUCAUUAACUUAUACCAUCAGGCAGCAAACGAAAUUCCAGGUUCCCCGAUCUUUAUUAUGAAGCUGGCAGGCAAAGCUCGUCACUUAGAAGUUCAAUUGCUAGCCGAUCAAUAUGGUACAAACAUCUCGCUUUUCGGUCGUGACUGUUCUGUUCAAAGACGUCACCAAAAGAUUAUAGAAGAAGCACCUGUCACUAUUGCAGGCCCAGAAACAUUUGGCGAAAUGGAAAAGGCUGCGGUACGUCUAGGUAAGUUGGUCGGCUAUGUCUCAGCAGGUACAGUGGAAUACCUAUAUUCCCACGACGACAACAAGUUCUAUUUCUUGGAAUUGAACCCAAGAUUGCAAGUCGAGCAUCCAACCACUGAAAUGGUCACAGGUGUCAACUUGCCAGCUGCGCAAUUGCAAAUUGCAAUGGGUAUCCCUAUGCACAGAAUUAGUGACAUCAGAAUAUUCUACGGCCUAAACCCAAGAGGUUCUUCAGAGAUUGACUUCGAAUUUAAGUCCGAGGAUUCCUUGAAGACCCAAAGAAAGCCUAUCCCUAAGGGUCACUGUACAGCUUGCCGUAUCACUUCUGAAGAUCCAAACGACGGUUUCAAACCAUCUGGUGGUACUUUGAAUGAGUUAAACUUCAGAUCGUCGUCGAAUGUCUGGGGUUAUUUCUCCGUUGGUAACAAUGGUGGUAUUCACUCCUUCUCAGACUCCCAAUUUGGUCACAUCUUCGCAUUUGGUGAAAACAGACAAGCAUCAAGAAAACACAUGGUCGUUGCCCUAAAGGAACUAUCUAUCAGGGGUGAUUUCAGAACUACAGUAGAAUACUUGAUUAAACUUCUAGAAACCGAAGAUUUUGAAGAGAACACAAUAACUACUGGAUGGUUAGACGAUUUAAUUUCUACAAAGAUGACUGCUAAAAAGCCAGAUCCUAUUUUAGCUGUCAUCUGUGGUGCUGCUACAAAGGCUUUCAUUGCAUCAGAAGCAGCCCGUCAGGACUACAUUAACUCAUUGACUAGAGGCCAAGUUCUAUCAAAGUCACAGCUAAAGACAAUGUUCCCAGUAGAAUUCAUACAUGAGGGUAAGAGAUACAAAUUUACAGUCGCAAAAUCUGCCGAUGACCGCUACACUUUGUUCAUUAAUGGUUCUAAAUGUGAAGUCAGAGUUCGCAAGCUGUCUGAUGGUGGCUUAUUGAUUGCUCUAGGCGGAAAAUCACAUACUAUUUAUUGGAAGGAAGAAGUUGCUGCAACCAGGCUUUCUGUGGAUUCCAUGACUACUUUGCUAGAAGUUGAAAAUGAUCCUACUCAGUUGCGUACACCUUCUCCAGGUAAACUAGUUAAAUUCUUGGUAGAAAAUGGUGAUCACAUUGCUGCUGGCCAAGCAUACGCCGAAAUAGAAGUUAUGAAGAUGCAAAUGCCUUUGCUUUCACAAGAAAAUGGUAUUGUACAACUUUUGAAACAACCAGGUUCUACUAUUGCUGCAGGUGAUAUUAUUGCAAUUCUAACCCUUGAUGACCCAUCAAAGGUUAAGCAUGCUCUACCAUUCGAGGGAUUGCUUCCUGAUCUAGGCUCACCAGUAGUUGAAGGCACAAAACCUGCUUAUAAAUUCAAAUCAUUAGUGACUACUCUUGAAAAUAUUCUAAAGGGUUAUGACAAUCAAGUUAUUAUGAACGCAUCUCUACAGCAAUUGAUUGAGGUUUUAAGAGAUCCUAAACUACCAUAUUCAGAAUGGAAAUUACAUAUAUCCGCAUUGCAUUCUAGACUGCCUAUUAAGUUGGAUGAACAAUUAGAGCAACUAGUAGAAAGGUCUGAAAAGCGUGGUGCUGGAUUCCCAGCCAAACAGCUAGGUAGACUAAUUGAGACUCAUGUAAACCAAUCUUCUGAUGCCUUGAUAGGUACAGUUGUUGAGCCAUUGGUAGACAUUUGCAACAGAUAUGGUAAUGGUUUAGAAGCACACGAACAUUCAGUGUUUGUUAACUUCCUUGAAAAGUACUAUGAAGUUGAGAAGUUAUUUAAUGGUGCCACAGACCGUGAAGAAAACGUCAUUUUGAAGUUGAGAGAUGAAAAUGCCGACAACCUGGACAAAGUAGCUUUAAUUGUUCUUUCUCACUCUAAAGUUUCAGCUAAGAACAAUUUGAUUUUGGCAAUUUUGAAGCAUUAUCAACCACUAUGCAAAAUAUAUUCCAAUGUUGCCUCCAUUUUUGCUGGUCCAUUACAAAGAAUUGUGGAACUUGAAUCAAAGGCUACUGCAAAGGUGGCAUUACAAGCUAGAGAAAUAUUGAUUCAAGGUGCUUUACCUUCUGUAAAGGAAAGGACUGAACAAGUCGAGCACAUUUUGAAGUCUGCUGUGGUAAAGACAACCUACGGUGAAACGAAUACUAAGCGUAACGAACCAGAUCAAUUGAUUCUAAGAGAUUUAAUUGAUUCUAAUUACGUUGUAUUUGAUGUUCUAUUGCAAUUCUUGAAUCACUCAGAUUUAAGUGUUGCAACUGCAGCAGGUCAAGUCUACGUCCGCCGUGCUUACAGAGCCUACACUAUUGGUGAAGUUAAGUCUCAUGAACUAUCUGGCAGACCUGUUAUUGAGUGGAAAUUUCAACUUCCAUCUGCAGCUUUCUCAUCAAUUCCUUUGGUUAAGACUAAGAUGGGAAUGAACAGAGCCAUGUCUGUUUCUGAUUUGUCUUACGUAGCUGAUAAUGAAAGUGCACCUUUGAGAACCGGUAUCAUGGUUUCUGCCAAUCAUUUAGAUGAUGUCGACGAAGCCUUAUCUGAAGGUCUAGAAAUUGUACCACAACAUGGUAACAACCCUCAUUCUAGCAGCGGCCCUGUUCCUGACAGAUCUGGUAGCUCUGCUUCGUUGAGUAACGUAGCAAAUGUGAUCGUUGGCUCUACUGAUGGUUUUUCGACUGAAGAAGAGAUUUUGAAGAGACUAAAUGAGAUCCUGGACAUGAACAAGCAAUUGCUGAUCGAUUCAGCAAUUCGUCGUAUCACAUUCAUGUUUGGCUUCAAAGAUGGUUCAUAUCCAAAGUACUAUACUUUCAAUGGUCCUAACUACAGUGAAAACGAAACUAUUCGUCACAUUGAGCCAGCCUUGGCCUUCCAAUUGGAACUGGGGAGAAUGUCAAACUUCAAUAUCAAACCAAUCUUUACCGAAAACAGAAAUAUUCAUGUCUAUGAAGCUGUUAGUAAGACUUCUCCAUUGGAUAAGAGAUUCUUUACAAGAGGUAUUAUCAGAACAGGUCAUAUCAGAGACGACAUAUCCAUUCAAGAGUAUUUGACUUCAGAAGCUAAUAGAUUGAUGAGUGAUAUUUUGGACAACUUGGAAAUCACAGAUACUUCAAACUCAGACUUGAAUCAUAUAUUUAUCAACUUCUCUGCUAUAUUUGACGUUUCUCCAGCAGAUGUUGAAGCUGCUUUUGGUGGAUUCUUGGAAAGGUUUGGUAAGAGAUUACUGAGACUUCGUGUUACAUCUGCCGAAAUUAGAAUCAUAAUCAAGGAUACAGAGACUGGUGCACCAAUUCCAUUGAGAGCACUAAUCAAUAACGUUUCUGGAUAUGUUGUCAGAACCGAAUUGUAUACCGAAAUCAAGAAUUCCAAGGGUGAAUGGGUUUUCAAAUCUUUAGGUAAACCAGGUAGUAUGCAUCUAAGACCUAUUGCUACCCCAUACCCAGUUAAAGAAUGGUUACAACCUAAACGUUACAAGGCACAUCUGAUGGGAACAACCUAUGUAUAUGACUUCCCAGAAUUGUUCCGUCAAGCUGCAGUCUCUUCAUGGGCCAAGUUCUCUUCCAAGACUAAAUUCACUGAUGAUUUCUUUAUCGCCAAUGAAUUGAUUGAGGAUGAAAAUGGUGAACUAACCGAAGUUGAAAGAGAAGCAGGUGCCAACUCAAUUGGUAUGGUUGCAUUCAAAAUUACUGUGAAAACUCCAGAAUAUCCUCGUGGUAGACAGUUUGUUAUUGUAGCAAACGAUAUCACUUUCAAGAUUGGUUCUUUUGGCCCACAGGAAGACGAAUUCUUCGAUAAGGUUACAAACUAUGCCAGAAAGAGAGGCAUUCCAAGAAUUUACUUGGCUGCCAACUCUGGUGCAAGAAUCGGUAUCGCCGAAGAAUUGGUUCCUUUGUUCCAAGUUUCUUGGAAUGACAAGUCUGACCCAACUAAGGGUUUUGAGUACAUGUAUCUAGACAACGAAGGAUUGGAGACCUUGAAGAAAUACAAAAAGGAACACUCUGUCAUUACAGAACGUAUCGUCGAACAUGGUGAAGAAAGACAUGUUAUCAAGACUAUUAUUGGUGCCGAUGAAGGUCUUGGUGUUGAAUGUCUGAAGGGUUCCGGUUUGAUCGCUGGUUCUACAUCUAGAGCAUACCAAGAUAUUUUCACCAUUACUUUGGUCACUUGUAGAUCUGUUGGUAUUGGUGCUUAUCUAGUUAGACUUGGUCAAAGAGCUAUUCAAGUUGAGGGCCAGCCAAUUAUUUUGACUGGUGCUCCUGCUAUUAACAAAGUGUUAGGUAGAGAAGUUUACACUUCCAACUUACAAUUAGGUGGUACUCAAAUUAUGUAUAACAACGGUGUUUCCCACUUGACUGCUGCUGAUGAUCUUGCUGGUGUUGAACAGAUCAUGCAAUGGCUGUCAUACAUUCCAGCUAAGAGAGACAUGCCUGUUCCAAUUUUGGAGACCGAAGAUAAGUGGGAUAGAGACGUUGAAUACUACCCACCAAAGGACUCUCAGUUUGAUGUCAGAUGGAUGCUAUCUGGUAAGCAAACCCCAGAAGGUUUCGAACACGGUCUGUUUGACAAGAACUCUUUCUUCGAGACGCUAUCGGGAUGGUCCCAAGGUGUUGUCAUAGGUAGAGCUCGUUUGGGAGGUAUUCCACUUGGUGUGAUCGCUGUUGAGACACGUACUGUCGAGACACUGAUCCCAGCAGACCCAGCUAACCCACAAUCUACAGAGACAUUGAUUCAACAGGCUGGUCAAGUUUGGUAUCCAAACUCUGCCUUCAAGACUGCUCAAGCCAUCAACGACUUCAACCAUGGUGAGCAAUUACCACUGAUGAUUCUAGCUAACUGGAGAGGUUUCUCUGGUGGUCAAAGGGAUAUGUACAACGAAGUCUUGAAGUACGGUUCCUUCAUUGUCGAUGCGCUAGUUGACUACAAGCAACCAAUUAUCGUCUACAUUCCACCACUCGGAGAAUUGAGAGGUGGUUCCUGGGUUGUCGUUGAUCCGAUGAUCAACGCUGAACAGAUGGAGAUGUACGCUGAUGUCGACUCUCGUGCUGGUGUGCUGGAGCCUGCUGGUAUGGUUGGUAUCAAGUACCGUAGAGAGAAACUGUUGAACACCAUGGCUAGACUGGACGAGAAGUACAAGACUUUGAAGGAGAAGUUGAGUGAGAAGGGUCUAUCUGCCGAGGAGCACCAGAAGGCCAGCGUUGAGCUUGCCCAACGUGAGAAAGAGUUGCUACCUAUCUACCACCAGAUCACAUUGCAGUUUGCUGACUUGCACGAUAGGUCUGGCCGUAUGUUGGAGAAGGGCACCAUUAGAAAGGAGAUCGAAUGGAUCAACUCACGUAAGUUCUUCUUCUGGAGAUUGAGACGCCGUUUGAACGAGGAGUACUUGAUCAAGAGAUUGAACCAGGAACUGCCAAACGCAUCACGUUUGGAGAAGUUUGCACGUAUCAGAUCAUGGUACCCUGUCUCUAUGGAUGUUGACAACGACCGCGACGUAGCUACGUGGAUUGAGGAGAACUACCAAAGCAUCGACGAGAACCUCAAGAAGCUGAAGUCCGAGAGGUUCGCACUAGAUGUUGCCAAGAGUAUCAGAAACGACCACGAUAAUGCCAUCACCGGUCUCUGUGAAAUUCUAAAGAUGAUGACCGCAGAAGACAAGGAGAAGGUCCUAAAGAGCUUGAAAUAG